AUGGGACGUCCGGGACGUUUUACUCGAUAUCCGGACUGUCCCGGCCAAACCGAGACGAAUGGUCGAGUAUUCAAAGCACAUAAAUUAAUAUUAGCCGCAUGUUCGAAGAAGUUCGCCGAACUGUUCGAAAGCACACCCACAAAUGGUCAAUGCGUUGUCAUAUUGGAGGCCACGUCCUCCGACAAUAUGGCCGCACUGCUCGAAUUUAUGUACAAAGGUGAAGUGCAUGUGUCGCAAGAGGCUCUAAACAGUUUCCUCAAAUCUGCGGAGAAUCUGCAGGUGAAAGGACUGUCUACAGAAACUGGCCGUUUGGCUGCCCAACAAGCACAACAACACAUCGAUACAUCGCCACUCGACUCGCCCACCGGCCGACGCAGCAUGCGCAACAGCCUAAGCGGUGCCGGCGGUCUUGGUAGUGCUGUCGGCGGUAAUCCGCUUAGCAGUAUAGGCGGUGGUAUACCUAGCGGUGCCAUUAUCGGUAGCAGUAUGGCUGCCGCAAUGGCUGUCAAUGCGGAACGCAUUAGUAACAGUGGUAAUGGUAGCGGUGCCAGUGGUAACGGUUGUUCCGGUAGUAACAUUAUCAGCGGUCCUGGUGGUGCACAUUGUAAUGCUACAGCCGGCGGUGCAGGUGCUGGUGCCAGUGGUGCCGGUCCAGGUGGUAUGGGUAGCGGCGCAGGCGUUGCACACCAUCUAAGCAGUUCGAGUGGUAAUCUGAAACAAGAAUGCGAUUCACUGAUGCAAAGUAGUACCGCUGCAGCGCUGGCCGCCGGUAUACCACCUUACGUACCGCCCAUCUAUCGUCCAAUGUCAUUUGAACCGCCACGCAAACGUGUGCUUCGCAGUCCAUAUGCCGAGCACGAGGUGCGCGGUAGUGUGUUACGUGACGGCUCGAAGAAUUCCUCUUCGGAAUGUGCGAGCCCUAUUAGCAAACCGCCCUACCAUCGGCCAUCGUCGAGUGCAUCGUCGAAUGCACCAACCGAGGCGGACACAAUGCAAUCGGAGCGAACAUCACCGAGCCGUUAUGAGAAUCACAGUCCUGUCGCCACAGCUGGUAAUGGUAAUGUGCCGAGCAAUUUAUCGGGCAGUCUAGAGCGUACAGUGAAAACGGAACGAAACAAUGGCAGCACACACGAGGCUAACGAUGACGAUCAAAGCGAGCACGACGAAUCGAUUGAUAAUGGAGCCGAAGAUCUGCGAGUGAAAUUGGAGAAUUCCAACUAUUCGCCGCCACCGCCACAGCCACCUACCUCGAACGCUUCGUCCACAACACCAUCCGCACUUUUGGAAAAUCUAAAAAAUGUCGAAGCUGGUUUGUCGAGCAAUUUGGCAACCUCCAUAGCGCCAGAGGAUAUGUUGAAUGUUUGGAAUGCGACGAAAUUAAAUAAUAAAAACAGUGGCAUGGUCAAUACAGCGGACGGUAAGAAGCUGAAGUGCCUGUAUUGUGAUCGCCUCUAUGGCUAUGAAACAAAUCUACGUGCACACAUCCGCCAACGUCAUCAGGGCAUUCGCGUACAUUGUCCCUUCUGUUCGCGCACCUUCACCCGCAACAACACCGUGCGCCGACACAUUGCACGCGAACACAAACAGGAGAUCGGCUUAAGCGCGGCCAGCAGCGGCAUCGUGCCCGCUUCAGUCGUCGCUGCGGCUGCGGCGGCGACCGCGAAUCACUCGCAAUAGGAUGCGGCCGCAACAGCGGCAGCAGCAGUAGUCAUGAGUGCGCAGAAGGCAGCAGCAAAACAACGUAAACGAAAAUCAUUGAAAAUGGCAUUGGAAAAGUGCAUGCAACGACGCGAUGCGGCAGCUAGCAGUGUUGGCAGCGCUAGCACCGGUAGUGUCGUCGACGUCGCUGGCGGCGGCAGCAACCACAACAACAGCAGCAGUGGCAAUAUUGGCGACGCAGCGCACGGCAGCGGCACUGCCGUCGGCGUUAUAGCCAGCACAUCAACACGUGCGGCUGAGGAACGCAAACAACAGCAACAGCAACAACUCGUACAGCAGCAAAUCGAGUUGGAGCAGAGAAAACAGCAGCAACAUCAGCAACGUAAGCAGCGUCAAGAGCGACGACGUCAUAGCACAGCGCGCGGACGUAGCGCUAGCGAAAGUAGCGCAGUUGUGGAGCAACACGAGGACGCGGUAGCAGCGACGGAGGAGUCGGAGGAGCCAGGGGCUAAACGUGAGAGACAAGAAAUGUCGACAACUGUGGAAAGUACAACUGAGGGCGAUACCUCAUUUAUGGAUACCACUGGUAGCAGUUGCGCCACCACCACUGCCACCGAUAACUCCACCACAAGCACCAACAAUGCUACCACCAGCGAACGGCACAACAACACAAUUAGUACUAUCGACUCAUCGACUGGUGAGUUGGCUGACACGACUGUGGAGCGUUUGGAUACAACUAGCGAAAUCGAAACCGAUACGGAUGAGUUGCCAACCACCACAGGCGCUUUGGUGGCAACUGUAGUGACGCCAAAGAAUGCUGGUAGUGUAAAGGAAACCACAACCGCCGACGCUGUUGCUAAAGAAAAUGUUGCUGAUACAAUAUCAACCACAACAACAACAACAGCCACGCUAGCUGUUACAAUUUCAGCUUCCAAUGAGGCUAAACAAAACCCACCGGUACAAAUGGAAGCCGACGAAGCUGAAAAGGAUGUCGUGCUCAGCAUUAAGUCCGAAGCUGCUGCGGACGCUGGCGCGGCUGAAACGCAGGUAACCACAACUCAAACAACAAAAACAACAAUAGAAAAAGAAACUGAACACGCUGAAAAUGCCAACGCCAAUGCUAAACCAACGUCAACAACAACAACAAAUGCUGCUGAAUAAAUGUUGUUGUUGUUACGAAAAAGAGACAAUGCCAGAAUAUAGUUGGAGAGAGAGUAUGAAGAAGAAUUGAAGAUUUUCGUUUACGCGCACUAAAACGGCGAGCACGAAGCUUUUGCAUUGAGGCAAAGUUUUUGUUGCUCGCAUACAAGAAAAAGAGUAGAAGAAGAGGAAGAAAAACAGAGACUACUGUUGCAACCGCUGUUGCGCUCGGAUUAUGUAUGUAUAUUAGUUACAAACAAACAAAAAAAAAACAAGUUUAUGCUUAAAAAAGAG